ACAGAGCAGCGAAUAGUGUCAAGUGCUACGAACAGUGUCAAGUGACCUGUCAUACAAGUCGGGAUGGAGAUCGAUCAAGCGCUUCUAGAAUCCCUGCCAGCCGAGCAGAGGCAAAAGUUGGUGAAACGCAUGAGACAGGAUCAGAUCAGACGAUACCAUGAAAGAGAAAAGUCAAUAAAUGAUGAUAAUUCGGCCGGUUCGACGAAGCCCGACAUCAAACGAGGCAGGAAAACGGUUCACUUCAACACGACUUACCUUCUUCAAGAUGCUGUGAGCAACUUCGACGAGGACGAAGUGUCUCGCCUUCUGAAAGAGGGUAGUGAUCCGAACUCGCCGAUUGGGAAUGGCACGACGCUGUUGCACUUGAGUGCGACUCACGAUUGUCCAGCCGCCGCCCGAGCGUUGAUCGCCGGCGGAGCGCGUGUCGACGCCCGAGACGGAGACUGGUGGACUCCAUUGCACAUUGCUGCGUCGCACAACUGCAUCGAAAUGUGUCAGCUGUUCAUUUCGAACAAUGCCGAUCCGUCUCUACUGGACGUCGACGGAAAUUUCGCUUGCGACCACGCUGAAGGCAACUGCAAAGAAAUACUACUCGACUACAUGAUACAAAGAGGAAUCGAUCGGUCAACCAUGAAGCAUCUUCGUAUGGCCGUCGCAAAGAUGAUGCUGACCGACGUCAGUGCGAAGAUCGACGAAGGAGGCGACGUGAACGCAGCGGACGAACACGGAGCAACAGCUCUGCACAUUGCGUCGGCCAAUGGCUACAGGACGGUGACACAGUUGUUGCUAAGGCAGAGAAACAUCAAAUUGAAUGCUGCAGAUGACGCCGGCUGCACGCCUCUGCAUUUGGCGGCCAAAUGGGAUCAGGCGAGGAUUGUCAGAAUGCUGUUGAAGCGCGGAGCGUAUCCCCAUGCCAAGAAUGAUAAUGACGAGACACCCUUGGAUCUGGCGGGUUCAGACGUCAUUCAGGAAAUGUUGAAGGAGUCCGAAGCUAUGACGCCUCAAACAGAAGACCUUCCUCCACCUCCUUCUCCAGGAGUAGUUGGUGAGGAGGAUGCCUAUGUUUAUGAUGAUACUGACAGAGUGAGAAGCAAUAGCAGAAACCUGAGACGGCGUUCACUCUCUAAGCAAGAAGAAUUGUUUGAAUUCCAAACUCUCUUAAGCAGCGAGACUCUAGAAAUUAUUGAAGUCCAAGAUAGGGAGUUGGCUUCGUAUGAUGCAAUGGAUCAUCUCAAACCAGAAGACAUGACUAUUAAUAUAAUGCCAGCUGCCCCCAAUGACGACUUAGCAACUCUGGCAGAGCUAAACCAGGACAUUCUGCUACAUGAACUAGAAAGCCGAUAUGGCCAGGAUCAAAUCUAUACCUACCUUGGAGAUAUUCUUGUUGCCAUCAACCCAUUUAAGCCUUUGCCUUACUACACAGCAGGGACUAGCUUCAUGUAUUCCAAGAUGAAGAUGACAUCAUCUAUUGCUCCUCAUGUGUUUGCUGUGGCUGAAAAAUCAUUUCGGUCUAUGUUGGCUGAAGGACGGUCACAGUGUUGUGUGAUCAGUGGAGAGAGUGGCGCUGGAAAGACGGAGUCAAGCAAGUUCCUUCUUCAGCAUCUGUUGUCAAGAGCAGAAAGUGAGGAGACAGGAUUGAACAGGAAAAUUAGACAGAUGGGGCCACUGCUGGAAGCGUUCGGUAAUGCUGCUACAGAAAUGAACGACAACAGCAGUCGGUUUGGAAAGUACCUUGAGUUGCAUUUUAGUAAAAGUGGUGUUGUACUUGGAGCAAAAUUGAGAGAAUACAUGUUGGAGAAAUCUCGAGUUGUUUACCAAGUUAAAGGAGAACGCAAUUUUCACAUCUUUUACUACAUGCUGGGUGGACUACCACCGGAUGAGAAGCAGCAGUAUUCUUUGCAGGCCGCUUCAUCUUACCGAUGUUUGUCUAUGAGUGGUACAUCAUUGGACUUUCUGAACAAAGAGGAAUCAUGGGACAAACUGGAUGAAGUGAGGACUUCACUUCACGCCAUUGGUUUUACUGCAGAGGAUGAACAGAACGUCUUGACGCUGCUGUCUGCUGUUUUGCAUAUUGCCAAUUUGUCAUUUGUGUCAGGGGAUAAAACAGGUGACAAUGCUGAGAUUGAAAAUCCCGAUGUCAUUGCAACAGUGGCACAGUUACUGAGUGUCAAUGUAGAUGAGUUAAGCAAGUCUCUGAUCAGCGAGGCUACAGUUACUCGAGGAGAACAGAUAAUUCGUAAUUUAAAUGUUGUUCGAGCAGCAGACUGUCGUGAUGCACUGGCUAAAGCUGUUUAUGGCAAAUUGUUUGCGUGGAUUGUAAACAGCAUAAAUCACUUACUCCAGGAGCCAGAGGAGUGCUCCAAAGUGAACAUUCUUGAAAUCGGUAUUUUGGACAUAUUUGGUUUUGAGAAUUUUGAGCACAACAGUUUUGAGCAGUUGUGCAUCAACUUGGCAAAUGAGCAACUUCAAUUCUUUUUUAAUAAUUCGGUCUUUGCUAUGGAGAGAGAUGAAUGUCAGAGAGAAGGAGUCAGUUUAGUCAACGUGGAUUUUACAUCCAAUAAACCAGUUUUGGAUUUGCUACUAGAGAAACACACUGGUGUACUGGCUCAGCUUGAUGAAGAGAGUCGUUUCCCUCGGGCAACAGACCAGACUCUUGGCACCAAACUGCAUAAGACUCAUGCAAAGAAUGCUCGCAACAUAUAUCUUUGUCCUCGAGAUGGUGGAGCAUCCUUUAGCAUCAUUCACUAUGCUGGUCGGGUACAGUACGAUCUCACUGGUUUCCUUGACAAAAAUCGAGACACACUGGCUGGUGGAGUUGCCUUGACAAUGAAGACAAGUGGGUCGUUAGUGCUUCGUGAGAUGUUUCAAGCACGAAUGACCAGGACGGGAUCAUUGAUGCCAAGUGCCAAACAGCGUCAGUCAAGAAAGUCUUCCCGGUCCCCUUCUCCUUUCUCUUUCUUCAAAAAACGAAUUGGUGAAAACCAGAAGAAGAAAGUGCAGAAACAACCAUCAUACAACACAGGCAGUUUGAGGGCUCCAACAACUUUAGCUUCUCACUUUAGAAAUUCUUUGAAUGAACUUAUGGAUAAGAUGACUUCCUGCUCUUGUCACUUUAUCAGGUGCAUCAAGCCAAACUCUCGCAAGGCAUCUGAUGCAUUCACUGUUGAUCAUGUGCUUGCUCAGCUUCGGUACACAGGCUUGUUGGAAACUACACGGAUACGAAAGCAGGGCUACCCAACUCGUUUGCCAUUUGAAGAGUUUCUUUCCCGAUAUGUUGCUCUCCAACACAUUGUAAUGUCCAGCAAAAGUUUGCUUUCGACUGCUGCACAGUGUCAAGCAAUUCUAGAAUAUGGAGGGCUAAAAAAUUGGCAGAUUGGACAAAGCAAAGUAUUUCUGAAGUACAAUCAUAGUGAAAAGCUGGCUGAGCUUUCAGAUGAAGGAAACCGGAAACUUAUUCUGUGUCAAUCAGUGACUCGAAGAUUUAUUGCACAACGAUUAUUUUAUAAACUUUUGAAUGAAAGCAAGAAACAGAGAACUGAAGUUGCAGAAAUGCUUCAAGCUAUAGAAUCAAGCAAUGAGACUUUUUCCAAAGGAUGCCACAUGCUAAAGGAACUUGAUGAGCAACGUCUGAAGGAGCAGCGAGAACGAGAGGAGCAAGAAAGACGAGAACGAGAGGAGCAAGAAAGACGAGAACGAGAGGAGCAAGAAAGACGAGAACGAGAGGAACAGGAACGCAGAGAACGAGAGGAGCAAGAAAGACGGGAACGAGAGGAACAAGAAUGCAGAGAACGAGAAGAGCAAGGAAGACAGGAACAAGAGGAACUGGAAUGCAGAAAACAAGAGAAGCGAGAAAGGCUUAUCGAGGAACAGGGACAAGAAAAUGCAAUCAAACACUCAAACCAAGAUGAUAAGUUACAAGAGGAGUCUCUUAUUGAUGAGAACAUGCCCAUGCCACCUCCACCACCUCUCAAUGACACAAAGCUUGCUGACAAAUCGAUGGUGUUUCCACCACCUCCACCACCAGUCACAGAGACUACGUUAGGUCAAACACCCGCUUUGCCACCACCACCUCCACCAAUACCGGAUAGUGCUGCUGUUCCUUCACCACCUCCACUCCCACCAUCAGUAAUAACUUCUGUUGCUCCACCUCCUCCACCACCACCACCACUGCCAACGUCACAGUUAAAUGGCGUUGCUCCAUUACCACCACCGCCACCACCACUACUAUCAUCAUCACAGGCAGUGGUAGACAAUUUGAAUGAGGUGUCUGAGAGUGGACGUAUGGAGGACGUGUAUGAUGACGCUAGCUCUUCAGUACCCAAACCAAGUAAUGGACAUACAGAGGAGAUAUAUGACGAUGCCAGCUCAGUAGUAGGCAAGCCAGGUGAACUCGAUUUGACGAAUAAGUCGGAGCCUGGAGCUUUGGGUGACAAUUACAUGUAUAUGAAGUCAAAUCCAAUUUUGUCUCCCGGUAAUAGCAAACUGUCACACGAGGAUAACCACUUAUAUACAACACCUCUAUCAUCAUCAGCUUUGCAUUCUGGUUUGGUCGCAUCUUCGUCGAGUUCAGACCACAUCUAUGAUGAAACGGGGUUUGUCCCUGACAACGUGUUAAAAGCCUUAUCAGGUAGCCAAGGAGUGUAUAUAGAACUAGAGAACACAGACGGUGUUCCUCGGCCUCCACCCCCACCUCCUUUGCCAGGUAAACAGUCUGGAAAUUCUGGCAACCUUCCUGCCUGGGCAUUGGAACCUGACGAUUACGCAGAACUCGAUGACGUCAAGAGUGGUGUGUUACCACCAACCCCUAGCAUACCUGCUCCUCCGCCACCGCCACUGCCUCCAUUGUUUGGGUAUAAAGGACCUCCUGUCAAUAAGGCAGCUGUUGCUGUCUUAGCUAUAUCAUCAUUAAAUAUUCCUCCUCCACCGCCAUUGCCUAAUUCAAUUGUUCUGCCUGUGCCUGCUGCUGGGGCUCCUCCACCACCGCCACCAUUGCCACCUGGUUUUCCUGGUGUGCUGCCUGUAAGGACUGCUUCUGGUGGUGCUUCCGCUCCACCACCACCACCACCACCACCACCAUUGUUACAAUCCAGCAAAUCUCCCCACCAGCCGCCUCUUGGUCUUCUUGCUGCUCUUGGCAAUGUUAAGCUGAAGGGAGUAGCAUCUGGAGGGACUAAUGGCUCACCUGCAGCCGGGUCUCAUGAUCUUGUUGCUGAGUUGUCUGCAGGAGUAAAGUUGAAAGCGUCGCCUAAGCUUCGAAAGAGCAUGUAUCGAUGUGAUUCACCAGUUCAAACAGCAGAACAUUCUGAAGGCCCGAAAGAAACUCAUUUGUCUGUGAAGCCUGCUAUAGACCUUCCACCUCCGCCUGCAAGUGGAGUAGAUUCACAAGAUAGUGGUUCAUAUAUACCUGCUCUAGUAGUUCGCAAAGCACCAAACUCUCACACUAAUGCAGCUUUGAAGGCCUUGCCGGUUAUCAGUCACAAAACUUCGAAAGGAAGUAAUAUUCCCAAUGAGAAGAACGUGGAAGUGGAAGGAAGUAGCGUUCCUAUUUGGAAACAACAGAUGUUACAAAGAAGGAAGCAAGCAGCUAAGAUACAGGAAGAGCUUCAACAGCAAGAUGAGACAACCGAUGAUGCAAAAUGGGAAGGGGUUCCAUCCUGGAAGCGUAGAAUUCUUGAGGAGAAGGAGAAAAAAGCAACUGCUGCUCUAGCUCCACAGAAAGAAAAAGAGCGUCAGCAGCAAGAAGCCGAUACCAAGCUAGCAAACAUGCCCGAGUGGAAACGACAGUUAGUACUAAAGAAGCAGGGGAAAUUGUAGUUUAAUUAAGUACAAGCUGUUUCUAAAUUUAUUUCAAUAAGAAGUGGAUAUAGGUAUAUUGGCAUAGAUGGAGUUGUGGAAUUAUUAUUGAAAUUGCUUGUUAUAAUGAA